AUGGCCACCGGCGGCACCGUGCACCUCGACGCCAGCGCCACGCCCGGCAUCCACCACGCCACGACGGGCCUGACGACCGAAUCCGCCAAGAAAGCGUCAGAACUCCUCCAACGCAACCAUGACGACAACCACAUCUUCUUCAACGCCUCGGGCUUUCACAACCACAUCGCCCACCACCUGCUGGCCCUGUACGCUUUGGGCGCAUCGCCUCAGCAGCUACAGCACGCCUUCGACAGCAACCAGGGCUACCAGCGCAAACAGUUCCCGCUGGAUGCCGGCAACGUGCAGGACCUCUCGGAUCCAGAGCGGUUCAAGGAGUGCUUGGGCAAGGAGAAGUACUACCACGACUUUGAGGCGUUCUUUGGGCGCGAGAUUGAUGAGAAGGGAUAUGAGGCGGUGGUCAAGGAGUAUCUACUCAAAGGGGAUGAGAGGGCGGAUGAUCUGCUGUGGCGGACUUAUGCUGGAUUCUACCACCCUCUAAUCCAUCUCGGCUACGGCAUCGAAUUCGCCCAACCCGCCAUCAUCGCCGAAGCCCUCGCCCAAGCCGCCGUGCACGACAACUGGACCGCCUCCUUCCUCGCGCCCCUCAAAGCCCUUCCCACCCCCACCCCUUCCGACACGCCCACCCCUCUGACCCAACUCCUCACGCGCUGCCGCGCCGACGCCACCCUCGCCGCCUCCGCCCACGACUCAGACGGCAACAAAGUCCGCGACGGCGUCCUGGCGCGGGCCCCGAGCCAAAUGCUCGCCAUCGCGCGCCAGUGGUUCGUGGCCCGGCCGUUGACCGCAGAAGGACUGGAGCGCGCGACGGCCGAAAUGGUGGCCGCGUGCGCGUGGUUCGCGGGCGCGGCGCAGCGGCCCGACCUGGGCAAGAUGGUCAAGUUUGACUUUUUCUACAUGCACUGCGUCAACUGCAGCGUGUUCUUCAGCGCGAUCGUGAGGCAGGGGUGGUUGAGUCUGGAGGAGAAGGCGAGGCUGCUGGAGAUGAAGGGCCGCAUGGACCUGGCGCUGUAUGUGAGUCGUGGGUGUCCGGAGUUGAGGGGCGGAGAGGUCAGUGGGUAUGAAGGGGUGGGGAAGGGGGAGGAGGAGCGCAGUUGGGAGGGCGUAAGGAGACGGGUGGCGGCGUAUGACGACGAUGGGCAUGCGGCCAAAUUGGUGAGGGCUUUGGGGAAUGGGGAGAGCGUGUGUCGCAGGUGGGAGGGGGAGGUGGGCGAGGAGGUCCUGCCCGUGCGAGGGGAUAUGUGGUUGCGGCUGGGGAAUAUGGCUAUUGAUAGUGUGGAGGCUGGGGGCCCGCGGUGGGUGCGCAACGCGGGCUUUGAUGCUGCGUGGGAGGAGGUGCCGGAGAGGGAGAAGGCGAGGCUGUGA